CUUUCGUUAUUAUUCGUGUUUUGAAAAUGAAAAGAUUUCAAAAAGGAAGAAAAGAACAAAAGAGAAAAAAACACGCAAAGCGUGGUAGCGUGAAGGGAGAGCGAUCUCUCCAAAGAGAAAACCUUGACACAGAGAAAGAGAGAGAGAGAGAGAGAGAGAGAGAGAGAGAGAGGGAAAGUUUCACAGAGACUUCUGGAGAGAUGAGUGAAAUUUGUGGCUGCAGAUCGUUGAGUUUGUUUGUAUUAUUGGCUUCAAUUUCUCUACAAUUCAUCCCAGGAAUUUCUGAUGAUUCAUCGAGUUCCAAAAAUGAUAAAAAAGCUGAGACGCAUUCUACUUCCAGUCACACUGGAUCUACGUUGGCCAUCAUAUUCCUCGGACUUGUAGUAGUUGCAUUGUUCUCCUUUUUCCUUUUCAAGCUAUGGCAAAAGAAGAAACGAGAAGAACAGUAUGCCCGUCUUUUGAAGUUGUUUGAAGAGGAUGAUGAACUUGAGCUUGAACUUGGUCUUCGGGAUUGAAAAACUUGGAGUUAAUUAAAGUCAUGGCUUGAAUGGCUUUUGUAUUUGAAAAACUCACUCCCAUAAUCAGGAUUGCAGUUUUGUGUCCGGGGUUGAGGUUAGAUAAUUUCUGUCAAUUGUGACAUUUGUAAUCUUAUCAAUCAUCAAAUGUAAUUUUUUUUCUUCUUGCUUUUCUGUUUUGUUUUUUUAAUAUGAUUUCAUGUGAUAUGUGAGCUAAGGAAAGAAUAUUAUUUUGUAUGAAUGCUGACCUUGAA